AUUAUGUCCCGAGUACUCUUCCUUCUCUUAUUUUGUAACUUUCUCUUGAAAAAUGGAUGGUCUUCGGAGCGGAGUUGCGCGCAUCUGGGCGAAUUUCAAUGCAAAGAUGAAACUUGUAUUUCGUAUUUAUUUCGAUGUGAUAGGGAAAUCGAUUGUCCGGAUGGUUCAGAUGAAGAAAAUUGUGACAAUUACAAGGGGAUUAAAUGCGACAAGUCGAAGUUUUUCGAAUGUGAAAAUCAUAGAUGUAUCCCGACCGUCUUUAGAUGCGAUGAAGAAAACGACUGCGGUGAUAACUCGGAUGAAAAGGAUUGCAAAGGUUUUUUUAAGAUGCCUGCAGGAUUGAUGCAUAAUUGUACCCAAGACGAAUUUCAGUGCAAAGAUAGGCUUUGUAUACCUUCAGAAGAUUUUUGCAAUAAACAACUUGAUUGUAUCGAUGGAACCGAUGAAUAUAAAGGUUGCGAGGAAAUGUUGCCACAAAUGCCCUGCUCUGGAUUCAAGUGCAAAGAUGGAAUGUGUAUCAGCAGCCACUGGCUUUGUGACGGAAGGAAAGACUGUCCAGAUAAUAGCGACGAAUUAGGUUGUGAAAUGGUUCCAAUGACGAUUGAAGAAUGUAAUGUAAAAAUUGAUCGCUUCUUAUGUAACAACUCUCGAUGUAUUCCCUUGAAUCUGACCUGCAACGACAAAAAUGAUUGUGGAGAUGGUUCAGAUGAAGGUGGUGAAUGUAAAAAUGUCACUGUCAAUUGCAACAGUACGUCCCAUAAUUGCGAAUACGUUUGCAGAAAUACUCCCCAUGGAGCUUCUUGUGCCUGCCGUGCAGGUUAUAGAUUAGAAAAUAAUAAGUGUAUAGAUAUCGAUGAAUGCACAAACUAUGGAACUUGCAGUCAAGUAUGUGUCAACACGAGAGGAUCGUAUUACUGCAGUUGUGACUAUGGUUACGAAUUAAUGGCAGACAAAAUAAGCUGUAAAGUUCAAGGUGGCGAAGCCCUAUUAAUUUUUUCAUCAAAAACCGACAUCCGAGGAUAUUAUCUCGACUCCGAAGUUUACUUUUAUGUUGCUCGUAAUUUGCAACAUGUCGUUGGUGUUUCUCAGGAUUCGAAACAUAUUUACUGGACGAAUAUCCAGUCAGGAGAGGAAGCAAUCAUCAGAAGCUUGGAGGAUGGUACUAAUCGAGAAAUGAUCGUGACAGCAGGUCUUGGAUCCCCAGAGGACCUGUCUGUGGACUGGGUAACUGGAAAUAUUUAUUUCACGGAUAGUGUUUACAAGCGGAUUGGUGUUUGCAGCAACGAUGGAUCCUACUGCACAGUAAUCAUCUCCGAGAAGACGGAAAAGCCCAGAGGAAUCGUUCUGCAUCCUGUGGACGGAUUGAUGUAUUGGAGCGACUGGGGAGACACUCCUCAUAUAUCGGUAGCAGAAAUGGAUGGAAAGGGAAGGAAGUUCUUUGUGACAAAAGAUCUUGCCUAUCCAAAUGGUUUAUCUAUCGACAAACCUAACAAAAGAUUGUACUGGGUGGAUGCUAAAUCGCAAACGAUUGAAUCGAUUCGUUUAGAUGGAACUGAUCGAAGGAUAAUUCUCAAAGAUAUUAUUAAUCAACCUUAUGCUAUAGAAGUAUUUGAGGACAAAUUGUACUUUAGUGAUUGGGCCAUGAAUGGCAUUCACUCAUGUAACAAAUUUACUGGCAAGGACUUCAAAACUUUGUUCCGAGAGAAAGAAACUGUUUAUGGACUUCAUAUUUAUCACUCUGUUCUUAAAAUCAAGUAUGGAAAUCCCUGCCUCACGAAACCUUGUUCUCAACUUUGUCUCCUUGCUGCUAAUAGGACUUACUCGUGUGCUUGUACUUUAGAUCACGAACUGACUUUCGAUAAACACACCUGCAAAGAGUCUUCGAAGCCGGGACAUCUUUUGAUUGGGGCGGGGAAUCAGUUGAUCGAUUACUAUCAUGAAAUUUUAGGAAAGCCUAAAAUGACGGGAAGUAUCACUUUGAAGCACGUCACGGCUCUUGCUUACAAUUCAAUUACAGACACUGUCUUCGCAGCCGAUCAGCUAACGGAUUCUUUGUUCAGUUUUAAUCCUCAUACUGGGGAGUUGAAGCAUAUCCUUUCUAUCCAAAAUCAAUAUAUGGGAGAAAUGGAUUUCGACUAUAUUGGAAACAAUUUGUAUUGGUCCAACACAGAAUUCAAUUCUAUCGAAGUCUAUAGUCUGAAGACGGGAAUGAAAUUAGAGAUUCCGUUUCAGAACCAACCUCGUGAAAUCGUACUUGUCCCAGAAGAAGGAAUAAUGUAUGUUGUGUUCCAACUGAAGAAUAAAGAAUACCAUAUUAUAAAAAUGGAUAUGGCUGGAUCAUCUAAAUCAGGAUCAUUCGUCAUAAAAGACAAAUUAGUUGGACCCAGGAUAUCUCUCGCUUACGAUUUUGAAAACAAGAGAUUAUAUUGGGCCGAUGAAGGCACUGGACGAAUUAACAGUAUUUCUCAAAAUGACGAUGAUCUAAAGCUAUUUCGUACUGGACUCAGCAAACCGGUAAGCCUCUCAAUUGUAGGAGGAUUCGUAUUUUGGACACAGCGUCGAUCAAAACAAUUAUUCUGGAGUGAUAAGAACAAUGUUGUUUCGGUCAACAAAGGAAUAAAUAUUCGUGUCGCUGACAAUUUGGAUGUGAUGCAUUUGGUGUCUUUGCACGGAAGGUUUCCAACAAACCAUGCUUGCAGCGAGACACAGGGUUCUCUUUGUUCACACAUCUGCAUUGUAAAAAAUGCUUUCGGUUAUAUUUGCGAGUGCCCUUACGGAAUGUCAUUAAAAAAAGAUGGAAAGACUUGCGAGCAAAGAGCCUGCCAACCAGAUGAAUGGAGAUGUUUGAGGACUGGUCACUGCAUCCCAAGAACCGGAAGGUGCGAUGGAAAACUAGAUUGCCCAGGUGGAGAGGACGAAAUAAUUUGUCAUCCGGAGAUUCACUGUACCAUUUUGCAAUUUGAAUGUAAAAAUAACCAGUGUAUUGAUAUUAAAAGCCACUGCGAUUCCAUUUUCGAUUGUUUCGAUGGGUCGGACGAGGAGAAUUGCACAAGAAAGAUAUGCGAUAAUGGGAAUUUUAAAGAAUUCAACUGCAUUCAGAAGAACGUAAAGAAUUAUCAACAAUUGACUGAUUGCGUGGAUGGUUCUGACGAGCACACGAACUGUUCUUUGCUUUCUUGUACUUCAUCGAUGUUCCAUUGCAAAAAUGAACAUUGUGUUGAUCGCUUGUUAGCCUGCAACGGGAUUGAUGACUGUGGGGAUUAUUCCGACGAGGAAGGAUGUUUAACUAGCAACAUUUGCAGCCGAAAUCAGUACAAAUGCAACGGAACUGAAAGUUGCAUAUCUAAAACACUUAAAUGCAAUAAUUUGGUAGAUUGUCCAAUGGGUGACGACGAGGAUAAUUGUGUACAAUGUGGCAGCACAGAAUUCAAAUGUGAAAAUGAGAAAUGCAUUUCUUUAUCAUGGGUAUGCGAUCAGAGGAAUGACUGUGGUGAUAAUUCCGAUGAAAAAAGUUGUGGUACUCCUCGACUAGCAACAGCUGCUGUAGCUAAUUCAAGUUCUUGUCCAGAAUUCCAGUGUCACGACGGUUCUUGUAUUGACUACAACAAAUGCUGUGAUAGAGUUUUCAACUGCGGGGAUAGGAGCGAUGAAAAUGGACAAUGUGAUACAUCUUGUAAUGGAAUGAAUCCUUGCGAGCAUGUGUGUAUCAAAACACCCAAUGGUCCAGUUUGUCGCUGCAAUGAUGGUCAUCGCCUGCGAGAUGACAAAAAGUCCUGUGAAGACAUUAACGAAUGUGAUUUAAAUGAGAAGGUAUGCACACAUACGUGUAUCAAUACUCAAGGAUCCUACAAGUGUGAGUGUUUCCAGGGCUAUCAACUUCGCAGCAACGGACGAUCCUGCAAAAGUGUAGUUGGAGCUCCCAUGAGCAUCAUCUCUGCCUCCGAUAUAGACAUUAGAAAAAUUUCAGCAGACGGGAGUGUGAUAAAAACCAUAAUUUCUGGCGAAACUGAAAAUAUUUCCGGGAUGGAUGUUAAUACCGCUACAAAUACAAUAUAUUGGAGCACAGCUGCCGAAAGAAAAAUAUCAAGAUUUAAUUUGGCCAGUGGAAUUCGAACAGUGUUUCAAAUGAAUGAGGGAUACCCAGGUCUUUUGUCAUUAGAUUGGGCCACCGACAAUAUCUACAUCUUCGAUAACUCCCUGAACAAAUCUAUUAAAGUUUGUAACAUGGAUGAGAAAAGUUGUGCCUUGCUGAUUUCAAUUCCAGACAAAGAUUCUGUCUAUUCCAUUGCUGUUGAUCCCGUAUCUGGAUUCUUCUUCUGGGGUCAAGGAUCAGCCGACUUUUCAGAUUCCGAGAUAUAUCGUGCCGAUAUGACCGGCGCAAACGUAACUUCUAUUAUAAGUAGAAGAUUAUUGAAGGUUACAGGAAUUACUGUCGAUCAUGUAAGAUCUCGAAUUUACUGGGCUGAUAUGGGGCGGCACCUCAUCGAAGGCUCUAGUUUCGAUGGGACGGAUCGACAAGUAGUUCUUCAAGAAGGUAUUCAUCACCCUAUUGAUUUAAGUUUAUUCGAGGAUUAUGUCUACUGGUUAGAAAGUGUCUACGGAAAACUACAUACAUGCCCGAUGUUCGGUGGCGAACCAUGUACUCAGAUUAAUUUAGGUUCACAGAUUGGUCACAAAUUUGUCGCCAUCCUACAAAAGUCUAGACAACCAACCGUUGAAAACAGAUGUGAGAGUCACAAGUGCGAGCACUUGUGUGUAAUAACAGCCGAAAGCUCUGCUUGCCUUUGUGAAACUGGAUUUCCAAUAAGGAUAACUGGAACAUGUAACAGCGAUUUUUCAGUAGUUCAUCUGGCGUCGCAAAGACAUGGAGAUUCUUCUUCUUGGUAUAUAUUUCUAAUAAUGUUCGCCAUAAUUGUGUUACUUGCCAUCGUUGGACUUGCUGGGUUCAAAUACUAUCCACGGAGAAAAUGGCCUUUCAUCUCUUUCCCAUCUUUUAUGAAUAGGAUCAGUACAAACAGUCGACCACCCUACGAAAGUCAAUUCCGUAGGCGAAACAGUCGAGUUCAGAUUUCAAGAGAAUUUGCUAAUCCCAUGUUUAAUCAAGGACAACAAAUGCAACAACAGCAACAACACCAGCAUCAAGAACUACAACAACAACAAAUACAUCAAAUGAAUAGUCCACGAAAACUGGUAAAAGCAACCGAUAUGGAGGAUUAUGACUUCGAGGACUCGACGUCGAGUCAAGAGGUACACCUUAUUCCAUCUCAACAAUUCCAUCAUGCUAAUUAGUCUUAAAGCGAAUUAGAACUUGUAAAAAUGUUAUACAUAUUAGUUAAAGUUAAAAAAAAUCAUAGUUUUAAUCUCAGAUUAUAAAUAUCGCUAUUAUAAAUAAGAUAUAAUAACUUUAUUGGAUAUUGAAAGUAGGUAUUACCGUAAGAAAGCUUUUUUGUAAAUAUUUUCUACUUUGUGAUUUUUUAUACGAUUUGUCUUUAAUUGUUUACUCGUUGAAAGUUUUGUAUUAAGUGUACAUACGAGUUAUUUAUUCAAUGUAUGAAUGUCAAUUUGUCUGUAAUCUAUAAGAAAACGCGCGUUGUUAUUCUAUUAUUUUAUUGUAAAAUAGUUGCACAAUAUUUACUUGUGAUACCGAGCAGGGUCGAAUAAAUGUUAUUACGCAUGUUUCAGUUUAAA